CACCCCGAGCCUCGCGACAGGGGUUCCGUCCCGGCGCAUGCGCGCGCCACCUGACGGCCGCCGCCUCUCCGUCCCUUUUGCCCCAGUUUAUGGGGUGGGUGGGUGGGGGGAGGGGCGAUGAGUUCCGUCGGCCUCCGCAGACUCUUCCUCGCUUUCGCAGCCAUGGGAGAAGCCGCCUCUUCUGCCCUCAAGGCAGCCGGGGAACGAGAGGUCCUGCCCGGCCGGAGCCUUGUGCGCCUCCUGGAUAAACACCAUGUGAAUGGAAACAGCAUGGUCGAACCUUUUCCAGAGGGAACACAAAUGGCAAUAUUUGGGAUGGGCUGCUUCUGGGGAGCGGAGAGGAAAUUUUGGCGACAGAAAGGAGUCUACUCAACUCAAGUGGGCUAUGCUGGAGGACACACCCCAAAUCCCACCUAUGAAGAGGUCUGUUCAGGGAAGACUGGCCAUACCGAAGCUGUGCGCGUGGUAUUCCAGCCAGAAACCAUCAGCUUUGAGAAACUGCUCAAGGUCUUCUGGGAGAAUCAUGACCCGACACAAGGGAUGAGGCAGGGGAAUGAUUUCGGCACACAGUAUCGGUCUGCCAUCUACACGUUUUCCCCAGAACAGAUGGAGGCUGCUUUGAGAUCCAAAGAAGAUUACCAAAAGGUGUUGACGGAGAAAGGCUUUGGCACGAUCACCACUGAGAUCCGCGAGGCUCCAGAGUUCUAUUACGCGGAAGAAUAUCACCAGCAGUACCUGAGCAAGCACCCGAAUGGCUACUGCGGACUUGGAGGCACUGGGGUUUCCUGCCCCAUCGGCGUCUAAAAGCGAUCUUUCCUCCUGCGACCACCUCAGCACCUUAAAGCAAGAUGUCGGUCGCAAAGGGACAUGCUCUGAAUCUUUUCUGCCGUUUGGCUGCAGUCUUUGGGGUGCUCUCCCCAUGAGUAAAUGCCGUGAAAUCAAAGGCACCUGCUUGCAAGGAAAGGCUGAGAGCUGAGCUAUACAUUUAGCAGAGCCACACGCCUGGAGUCCUUGUUGGACUCCACCACUUCAGGAUGCAGACGGGGAAAAUCAUUUUUGUUUCAUGCUCCUCCAUGUAAGUAAAAAUCAGCUCAUCGGAUGCCUCAACUGGUGUACUGCCAUAGCCUGGAAUAUUACUUUUCUACGCAUGAAACGUUUGGGUUUUUAAAAAAAAAAAACACGAAAGGGGAGCGUUCAAAAACGCACUCCCCCAAUCUACAUUCUGAAGUGGUGCAGUCCAGGAAGGCCUGUAAUGUGUAAUUUUGCGGGAUCUACAUGGCUCAGAAUCCCAACACAAGCACCUAGGUGGGCGUAGUCUCUGCAAUGGAAGAACCCAGGGAUGGACUGAGUGUUUCACAUUGUGUGCCAACAUUAGCCCUGGAAUCUGAAGGGGGUGUGGAAGGCAAGGCUGUGUGUUCCCAUGCAGGAGAGAGAAGAGAUAGAAAAACAAGAUGAUGGGGGGGGGGUGAAAACCUUUUGAGAAGCAGGCAACAGAGAAAGAGCAAAACAUCUGCACACCCCUCUAGCUUCUUUGCUCAUACUUGCAAAGCCCCCGUUCGGUUGUUCAAGCCCCGUUCAUGGGGUUAGAAUAUUUUGCAGGGUUGGCGGGGAUAUUCUGGUUGCCCCCAGCUUCUGUUGUUUCCCUGUCACCCAACCUCCACCAUCCUCCAUGCACCAGGGCUGGGCUGAAGGUUUGAAGCGAGCAAGCUCUGCAGACUCCCCCCCCCCCCCCAGGAUUUAGAAGCCAGUUUUGUAGAGUUCUGUAUCGCCAGCAUGACACCCCAGCGUGAGGAAAGCAGUCUUCACAUCUCCCAACGCCGAUUCAUGCAGCGCUUUAGGGGCGAGAAUGUGACGAGAGGGUGGGGAUGACAAGAAUGGCCCUUCUUCUCCCACAAUGGAAUCCUAAUGGUGUGAAUUCGUUUUGAAACUGGUGCCAGAGCUCAGUUAUAUCAGUCUGCAUUCAGCUAAUGCCUUAAUUCUGUGGGUUCAGGCAGCCACAGAUCUUUUAUGUGUGCUCUUGCAGAAGUUAAUUCUGUCGGAAGGCAUUUCGGGAGGGGAGCUACGUGGGCACAACUGAGAUGCUUUUGCAGCUGUGGCAUAUAAAGCUUCUGCUAUCCUCUCAGGGCGGGGAAUUUGCUGGAAAUAAGUGUGAAAAUUGAGAGCUUGGACCUUGGGGAAGUCUCUUGACUGAAGGAGGAGCCGCAAGGUUUGAUUUCUGUAGCAUCAGAUGUGCAGUUUAUAAGAUCCUCGGCCCAUGGGUACCCUUCUGUUACUGCCCCAGAUGUCUAUGGUGUGCAAUUCCCACCACACCCCCACCGAAAGGACUCCUGUGAUUCUCUCCCCAGUCCUUCACUCAGUUGUAAAGAAUGCAGUUGUUUCUUAAUUUGCGAGAGCUGCUGCGACGUGGGGAAAGCUGAAAAAACCUGGCUUCCCUUGACCCAGGUGGUGGUCUGGAUCGGUAAGGAGACUGUAUCAAAUGUAAUGCAAUAAAGAGCUACAGGUUGCUAAGGAAAAAAGA